AUGGCAUUAUUAGCGCUUGAAGCGUUAGAAUUUACACAAAUAAUAAUAUAUUUCCUUUUAAUAUACACUGCACAAUUUUAUUACAAGUAUUUUACAAGAAUAAAUCCAUUACCAGGUCAGAUUCCCUUACCUUUACUUGGUAACUUGUUAGGAAUCUUAUUUCAAGCAAAUGGAGAAAUAGCAGAAUGGUUAAAAAUAUUAAAUAAGAAACAUGGAGAUGUUUUCGAAACUUAUGUUGGAAAUAAUCGUAGAGUUGUAUUUGCCAAAGCAGAAUAUGUCGAAAAAAUGAUGUCACCCUCUACCAAUAGUAAUUAUAUAAUUCGAUCGGAUGAUUACCCUUCAUUUGAAGAAUUAGGAAUUAAAGGAAAAGGGAUAUUAUUGAAUAAUAAUAUUCGCACUUGGAAGUACAAUAGAAAAUUCUUAACGCAGGCAAUUUUGGCUCCAAGCUUUUCGAUUGAAGUUUUACAUUGGACCCCAAUUUUAUUUAAUGAAUUAAAUGGAUAUUGGAAAGAGAUUGGGGAGAAUUCUCCGAUCGAUUUCUCCGUAUGGAUUCAUAGGUUUACCACAGAAAUUGUUUUUCAAAUGACUAUUGGGUUAAAGGUUAAUUCAAUGGCAGCUUAUUUUAAUAAAGUUGAACCAUCAAAGAGAAAACAUAUCAAGCCAAAUAUUGAAAUUGAAGACAUUGAAAAUUUUGCUGACGAUGUUGAGAAAGGUUUUGAUAAUUUAAUGUUUGCUCUUACAUAUCCCACUUUUAUUAGGCAUACCAUCUUUAAAAAAAGGAAUCAAGAAAUGCUUAGUCAUAAACGUGAUAUAAAUGAAACUAUCACGACAAUUAUUGAUCAUCGAAGAAAUGAAAUUGAAAAAACACCGGUUGAAGAAAAAUUGAGACAUGAUAUGAUAACUUCCUUGAUCACCGCAAAUACCGAUCGAGAUAUCAAUGAAUCAAAAUAUAUGGAUGAAGAUCAUUCAAAGCCUAUAAAAAAUGAAGAAAUUGGUCAAAUUUUAUUUGAAGCUUUCGCUGGAGGUAUUGACACCACUGCAAACUUAUUAUGUUAUAUCAUAUAUUAUUUAUGCCAUUACCCUGAUGUUUUGGCUCGGUUGCAAAAGGAAAUUGAUUCGAUCUUUGGUUUGGAUCAACGUAUACCUACAAUGGAAGACCUUUCAAAGAUGCAUUACACGGAAGCUAUAUUUAAGGAAUGUUCACGCCUCAUAAAUACGGUAAAAUACACUUCACGAGUUUCUUCUUCAUCAGAUGUUGUGGCAGGUUAUGAAUGGCCUGCAAACACGACAUUUAUUGCAUAUUUCGAAGGAAUUCAUUUUAAUUCAGAUCAUUGGAAAAAUCCUCAUGAAUUUAACCCUGAUAGAUUCAUAGGAACUGACCCACAAAAAAAUACGUUUCUGAUGUUUGGGGGUGGAGUAAGAGUUUGUCCAGGGAGAAAAUUGGCUCUUGUGGAAAUGAAGUGUCUAAUUUCUUUAAUUUAUAGAAACUUAGAUAUUACAUUAGUAGAUAUGAAUGCUCCUUUGAAAUUAAAGUAUACCAUGGUAAACACGUGUACCGAAUUACCGAUCAGAGUAAAACAAAGAACAAAAUCAUAA